CAUAACAAUAUACUUUAAAACAGUCGGUUCAUCGAUUUUCUGUCAACAUUUUAGGUCUGGCUGCUUCCUGGGCUGCCAAUUCCUACUUCUCGACCUCUCUGUUGCUUUGCUAUUCUGCAUAUUCACGUAGCCGACAAUUGGGGCACAUACAUACCCAUACAGAUAAAACCUAGUGAAGGAACUUGAGAACCACCAUCAUCGGGCUUCAAUGGGGAAAAGCGAUAAAUCGGCUUUGGGAAGAGCCCUAGUCAAGCAUCACAACCAUAUGAUCCAAGAAUCCAAGGAAAAGGGUCAGGUUUAUUACAAACAACACAAGAAGGUUCUUGAAUCCAUCACCGACGUCAACGAUAUCGACGCUGUAAUCCAACAAGCGGAUGAAGCCGUGCGUCUCUUCUCCGCCGACAACCCCACCGCCGUGAAUACCCUUAUUGAUUUAGAGUCAAGUUCUAGCACCAGUGAGAUAUUGACUACCGAGCAAAGGAGAAAGCUUCAAAUAAAAGAGGAGGCAUUGCAUGCGAGCAGUCUUAGCGUUCCACGGAGGCCAGCAUGGAAUGCCAAAAUGUCUGUUGAAGAGCUUGAUGCCAAUGAAAGGCGUGCCUUUUUAGUUUGGCGGCGUAGCCUUGCAAGGCUUGAGGAAAAUGAUAGUCUUGUUCUUACACCAUUUGAGAAGAAUCUUGAUAUAUGGAGACAACUUUGGAGGGUUGUUGAACGUAGUGAUCUGCUUGUCAUGGUUGUAGAUGCGCGAGAUCCACUGUUCUAUCGUUGUCCCGACCUAGAGGCAUAUGCAAGAGAAAUAGAUGAGCAUAAAAGGACGCUACUUCUCAUCAACAAGGCCGAUCUUUUACCAAAUCCCGUGAGACAAAAAUGGGCUGAAUACUUGAAGCUCCACGACAUUCUGUACGUGUUUUGGUCGGCCAAAGUUGCAACUGCGGAAUUAGAAGGGAAAAAAGCAGCUGUUCCUGUUUCUUCUUCUUCUUCAGAUACAGAUACAGAUACGAAACUAUACUCGAGGGAUGAGUUAUUGUCCCGUUUACAGUCAGAGGCAGAGGAAAUAGUGGAAAUGAGGACGGGGACCACGGAACAUGUAACAGUGGGAUUUGUAGGUUACCCGAAUGUAGGAAAAAGCUCAACAAUCAACGCUUUGGUAGGGGCAAAACGGACGGGUGUAACUUCUACCCCCGGGAAAACCAAGCAUUUUCAAACCUUAAUAAUCACUGAAAAACUUACGUUAUGUGAUUGCCCCGGGUUAGUGUUCCCGUCGUUUACAAGCUUGAGAUACGAGAUGAUUGCAUCCGGAGUUUUACCCAUUCACCGGAUGACGGAGCACCGGGAAGCGGUACAGGUGGUGGCUGAUCGAGUUCCCAGACAUGUCAUCCAGGCUGUGUAUAAUAUUACCCUCCCGAAACCUAAGCCCUACGAGCCAGAAAACCGCCCACCAUUGGCCGCUGAGCUUUUGAGGUCAUAUUGUGCCUCUCGUGGCUAUGUGGCUUCCAGUGGUUUACCUGAUGAAACCAAAGCUGCUCGCCAGAUUUUGAAGGAUUAUAUCGACGGAAAACUACCCCAUUAUCAACUGCCGCCAGGGGAGGAGGAGGAGGAGAAGGAGAAGGUAGAGAAGGUGGAUGAGAGAUCCGAAAGUGGUGGUGGUGAAGGGAGGCUGGAAGAGGUUAUGGAUGAUCUUGAGACCUUUGAUAUGACUAAUGGGUUGAGUAAAGGGGUAGUACCUGGUGCAAGGAAGAAGCUACUGCCUCCUGCCGCCUCUGCCUCUCAUAAACAUCAGCAUCAUAAAAAGCCUCAGAGAAAGAAGGAUAGAGGGUGGAGAGUUAAGGAUGAUGGGACUGAUGGGACGCCGGUAGUCAGGGUGUAUCAGAAACCCGUCAACGCUGGACCUGGACCUGGACCUGGACCUGUCAUGGCUACUUAAUAAACUAACUUGAGUCUAGCCUUUAAGGAAAUUAAUUGGAUAAUGUUUCUUGUGUUUCUAGUCUCUUAUGAUAUUUACAAAAAUAUCGACGACUAUUCUAUCAUGGAUCUUGCAUGUUUUUAUUUGGGUCAAUUAAAUAUAUACUUCUUUAGUUUAUAAUACAAUAGACAAGC